CGCAAAGCCCCAAAAAUAAAAAAAAUAAACUAACGCUGCGUUCGAAAACAGAAUAAUAAGGAGGGAGUUGGAAUGUUCGAUGCUGAGCACCGGAACACGUGUGAGCACACUGUCAGGGGUAUUAAAGCAAUCUGAAAGAAAGGUGAUAUUCGAAAAAUAACAAAUACAGCAAGUUCCGGGGUAGGUGAGCGUCAUAUGGGGGCAGAGAGUGGUAGGUAGAUGGUUGGGUAAGUAGAAACGAAAGUAAAUGCAGAUCUGCAGCAGGUAGACAGAGUGUGGGCUAGCCCGAGGAGGAGCAGGUCAGGAACUAGACCAAAACAAGGAAGGAGGACACAGAGAGGGCACAACCUGGGGAACUUCAUACAGAGAAUCCUCUAUGGGCACCAGGGGGAGUACAAGAAGACUGCUGUAAAAUAUACUUCUGCUUUCCAGAUAUAAACAGUCCGCAUGCUAGGGGGCAGAGCAGAUGUCCCUUCCCUCCCAGUGUACUGAACCUGGGGACAUUUGUUGCUGGCAGCCAUGCCCAGGUCUAUGAGGGAGCAUGCGGCCGGAGAAGACACUAGCCGCAGCGUGGACGAGUUUGCCGUACCGGAGGGCUGUGAGAGGGAAUUGCGAGACCAGCAACCUCACGUGGAGAGGUUAUUCGGAGUCACCCUGAACAUUAUAGGGGUCCUCAGCCAGGCGGCUUUCCCUCUGCAGGCUGGAGGAUGUCAACAAAUGUGGCUUCAACUCCAAGGAGACGAGAGAAAUGUAAAAAAGGCAAAGGACUAUAUUAAAGGGCUAUGCACUCCGGAGAUAAUAGAAGACAUCAACUACCCGCGUGACAUGUAUUGUAUCUUUGUUGGAGCCAAAGGUAUCUUUCUUGACUGUUUAAUUCGAGCAACAUCAGCAUGUGUAAAACCUUUAACUCCUGGACGUAUUAGGAUAUCUGGCCUAAUUGAAGGAGUAGUGAUGGGCCAGAGCAGAGUCCAUGCUUUUUCUGAAAGCUAUCCAUCCAACUCCACCCCUGAGGACAAAGAAGCCCAGUUUAAACGGAAUUUUAAGGAUCUCGUUGAGGAAUAUAGUGAUAAUUAUGCAUUAGAUCUUCUUAUUCUCCCAACUUCAGUUAAGCAACAGCUUCUUGAUCUAGUACAUGAAGACAGUCUCAAUGGAAUAUUGCAGAAAAAAGUAACUGAGGUAAAGCCACAGCAUGGAUAUUAUGACAACCAAUCAAACGUAGUUGAGGAAUUUGAUCCUUUCUAUAAUGCACAGUUCCAUAAACCUCAGAAGAGUGAACAUGGUCUAAAAUCAAAUAAUACGUUGAGAACAGAAGCAAAACCUAAAUGUGUUUUACAUCAGAGAGCUUGUGAGCCUCGUCCAUAUGUUGAAGUAAAUGAUAAGUGGGAUUUAAGUAAACAAGAAACUAAUCCAAAUGGACUGUUUACCAAGAAAAAACCCACAAUUGAGAUGACUGAAGACUUUUGGGGCUAUCCUGAAAACAAAAAGUUUGAUGAAAGUGAAAUAAUUGGGUCUGCUAAUGAAGAGUUUGAGCAAAUAUCUGGAUUGCUGGAUACCAUUAUGGGGAGGGAUGAAGGAGAUCAAAUGUCCCAAGGCAGCUUUUCAUUAGACACUCAGGAAGAAUUCAACAUGCUUUUGGAUUUCUUCAAAACCAUGGGAUAUCAAGAAGCUAUUGUUCUAAAGGUACUGUCAGAGAAUGGAAUACAGGAACCCUCUAAGAUAUUGGACAAGGUUAAACUUGAGCAGUGUAUCAGCAGUCAGACAAAAGAAAUGCCAGAUACCCAACCUCUACAAUUGAAUACCUCCUCAAGUAAUGAUGAGGAUAAUUAUCUUCUGGGUGUAGUGAAAUCAGCUGCUAAGACUUGUGGAUACUCUCCAAGUGAAAUUGUGGAUAUAGGCGAUGGUUCUGUGGCAGGCCUGCUUAGGAAACUUAAUGAGAAAAACAUUUUUGAUGAUGACAGAAGCUCAUCUCCUUUUCAGAGACCAGUAAAUCUAGAGCCUAAGCAGUUGUUUGAAGGAGUUUCUAGUGUGCAACCAAGGACAAAUCCAAACAUUUCUCAGCCAGAAAUGGUGAUGUCAGACUUAUUAGCACAAAAGACAGAGCUCGAAAACCAUCCAGUGGAGGACCUAUUUCCUGGAGUUGCCCAUCAAGAUGUUGGAGAAAGGGAUGGAGCCAAAAAGAUGCCUAGCAAGGAAGGGCAAAGUGUCCCUGUGGUGACUGGAGCCCAGAGGUUUAAUGAAACCAUACAGAAUCCAUUCCAACUCAAUUUAAGAAAUGAAAAGGGGAAUGAUCAACUGAGACAUAUUAUAAUAGAUGGCAGUAAUGUGGCCAUGAUACAUGGCCUGCGUUGUUUUUUUUCUUGCCGUGGCAUUGCAUUGGCUGUGCAGUUUUUCUGGGACAGAGGACACCGCGAGAUCACAGUGUUAGUCCCCCACUGGAGAUCGAAGAAGGAUAAUAAAAUUAAAGAACAGCAUUUCUUAACAGAGCUGAGCAAGGUUGGGCUUCUCUCUUUUACUCCAUCCAGACAAAUUGAGGGGAAAAAAAUCUGUUCUUAUGAUGACAGGUUCAUGGUGAAGUUAGCGGAGAAGACAGAUGGUGUGAUUGUCACAAAUGAUAAUUUACGAGACAUUUAUGCUGAAUCCGAUGCCUGGAAAAAUAUCAUCAAGGACAGACUACUGCAGUACACAUUUGUGGGAGAUAUAUUUAUGGUGCCAGAUGACCCCUUAGGACGAAGUGGACCACCCUUGGACACGUUCCUCUGUAAAACUACUCGACAAAAAGGCAAAUCUAAAGGUCAUUCAUUUGCUGGUCGAAGGAUAUCUCGCAGCCCACCCAAAAAAUCAUCUCAGACUGAAGUCCUUAACUAUCGGGAUCGAAAACCCCCUCAUGGGCAUCGACUGGAAAAAGAGACUGAUAUCCGUCCCAAAAAAGAAAAAGAAAGACUCAGGCAUGAACUGCUGCAAAUUUUUCCUUCGCAAAACGCAAAGGUGGAUUUUAUCCUCCACCGGGAACCAUACCUGAAUGACCUCAAUAAACUCUCAGAACUUAUUGUUACACUCGAGUUUUGAACUACUUAACCGAAGGGACUGUGAUGAGAGGCAUCACGUUUUCAUCACAAAAUAG